AUGGGUUUGACUUUUUUGAUCCCCGUGGUGUUUCCUGCUCCUGCCCUUGCGUUUGCCCUGCAAGGAUCAGGUGGUGGAGAGAUGGAGGAUUUGUUUGGUUCUCUAUCAGAGUCUUUCUCUUCUUCAAAUGCUUUGGCUGUUGUAACAUCUACUUCAUCUAUAACCACUGAAGUUCAUCCUCCAGCAAAUACUAAUCCUUAUCUCACCUUCGAUACCUCAUCGACAAGUCGGGCAUUUGAUGAUCCGUUUGGUGAUGGUCCUUUCAAAGCUGUUCCUUCUACUGAUGGAUUUUCGGCUUAA